AGCUCUGGGCCACUGUUUCCUCUAUUCCGGCCUCCUCCUGGGCCUCCUCCUGCCAGACUCUUCCUCAGUCCUGGCUCCCACCCAGGCUGGCCAGGCUGUCCUGUUGGGUGGGAAGGCCAGGACCCCGAAGAAGUUCUGGUGGAGCAGUAGGGUGUGUGAAUGUGUCUGUCUGGGGGUGUGUGGUGGAAGGGCAGCAGUGGGUUAAAGUUAACACCGGACAAUGAUGCAAUCACAGACUCCAAAUUGAGUGCAGGUCGCUUUAAGAAAGGAGUAGCUGUAAUCUGAAGCCUGCUGGACGCUGGAUUAGGAGGCAGCAGAAAAAGCUCUGGUGCUUACAGAAGCCCCCUCAGUGUGCAGACCUAGGCUGGGCGCGGAGCUGCAGCGCACUCACAGGCCCCAGGAUGCAGGCGUUUGCGCUACUCCUCUGGACUGGAGCCCUCCUCGGGUACAGCAGCUGCCAGAACACCGGCCUGGAGGAGGGCUCCCUGGCCCCCGAGACCACGGGGGUGCCAGUGGAGGAGGAGGAUCCCUUCUUCAAGGUCCCUGUGAACAAGCUGGCGGCCGUCGUCUCCAACUUUGGCUACGACUUGUACCGCGUGAGAUCCAGGGAGAGCCCCGCUGCUAACGUGCUCCUGUCUCCGCUCAGUGUGGCCACGGCGCUCUCUGCCCUUUCGCUGGGAGCGGAGCAGCGGACAGAAGCCAGCAUUCACCGGGCUCUCUACUAUGACCUGAUCAGCAAGCCAGACAUUCACAGUACCUAUAAGGGACUCCUUGCCUCUGUCACCGCCCCGGAGAAGAACCUCAAGAGCGCUUCCCGGAUCGUCUUUGAGAAGAAGCUGCGGAUAAAAGCCAGCUUUGUCGCACCCCUGGAAAAGUCGUAUGGGACCAGGCCCAGAAUCUUGACCGGCAACAAUCACUUGGACCUUCAGGAGAUUAACAACUGGGUGCAGGCCCGGAUGAAAGGGAAAAUCGCUAGGUCCACGAGGGAAAUGCCCAGCGGAAUCAGCAUUCUCCUUCUUGGUGUGGCUUACUUCAAGGGGCAGUGGGUAACAAAGUUUGACUCCAGAAAGACUUCCCUAGAUGAUUUCCACUUGGAUGAGGAGAGGACCGUGAAAGUCCCCAUGAUGUCAGACCCUAAGGCCAUUUUACGCUACGGCUUGGAUUCUGAUCUCAACUGCAAGAUUGCCCAGCUGCCCUUGACCGGGAGCAUGAGUAUCAUUUUCUUCCUGCCUCUGAAAGUGACCCAGAACUUGACCAUUAUAGAAGAGAGCCUCACCUCUGAGUUCAUUCAUGACAUAGACCGAGAACUGAAGACUGUUCAAGCCGUCCUGACCAUCCCCAAGCUGAAGCUGAGUUACGAAGGCGAACUCACAAAGUCCGUGCAGGAGUUGAAGUUGCAGUCCUUGUUUGAUUCACCAGACUUUAGCAAGAUCACGGGCAAACCUAUCAAACUUACUCAAGUGGAACAUCGCACUGGCUUUGAGUGGAAUGAAGAUGGGGCGGGUACCACCCCCAGCCCAGGGCUCCAGCCUGCCCACCUCACCUUCUCCCUGGAUUAUCACCUUAACCAACCUUUCAUCUUUGUACUGAGGGACACAGACACAGGGGCCCUUCUCUUCAUAGGCAAAAUUCUGGACCCCAGGGGCACUUAAUACUCCAAUUUAAUGUUCAAAUACCCCAGAAGAAGACAACGCUAGAGGGAUGGCAGGUUAUAUAUUACAUGAAGGCUGCCCCUAUGUUUCAAUGUAUACUUUGCAAUAAAAGUGCUUUAUCCUUAACUUU